CUAUUUAUGCAAACAUCACCGAUCACUGCGGCCCCCGCAGUCUCGUGGCAAAACAAUAACAAACGACACACAUCGUCACUCCUCCGCGUUUCGACCGAUUUCUCGCCCGAUUUCCGCGCGCGAUUCUCUCCGCGAGUCGUUCGCAGUGUUCGCACGUGCGACGAGAAGUCUGUGGCGAGUAAGAUUCGCGCGAUCGUAGGCGCGCUCGAUCGCGAUCGAGGAGGAUCCUCGCGCAAUCCUCUCCGCGCGAAGCGAAGCCCGUGUCGUGGGCGCGCGAGGCGCGAGUCGGGUCCGACUCCAACGACUCGGGGGGGAAGAAAAAGUGAAACCCAAGCCUGGCCUCGCCGCGCCGCGAUGCUGUCAACCACGGAAAAUGCCCGCUGACGAGAGACGCGCUAUGCGUACGUGCUGCGUGCGCGCGUGGACCAAUAUGUGAUUCCCGACCUGAUCGCGCCGCCGUUCUCUCCCCGAGCAGACCAGCUCUGUUUACUAGCGAGGCAGAGAGGCCGUUCUAUCCCUCGCCGUGGGGCCUCCUCCGUGUGCUUCGCGAAAUCGAUUGAGCGACAACGAGGUGAGCGCGGACGAGUCAAAAACUGUACGGUGCAACUCGCUCGGGCCCAGGCGAGAUAAGCCCCCGCGCGUUUCCUUUUUCUCUUUCGUUAUCGUAUUCUGCUUAACGCGCGUAAUAACGCCGUCGUCGCUCGCAUACUCGUUCACUCGUCUGUACUUGUCUACGAUAUAUUCAUCGUUCGAAGAUUCGAGGUUGAACGACGAAUAGAUCGAGCUUGAGAUUUGUUUUGUCCAACAAACUUUCCUGUUUUGUGUUCCUUUGUGUAGAGGAGCGCAUCUCAGUUUCCAGAACUGCAGCGUGCUCGAAACGCGCGCGCCUUACCGCGGUUUCCACAUCGACGGACUCCAAGUAGCCGAUGGACGACUCCAAGUACAGCGACUUCUCGCUAACUGGCACGAUGGAUAGUAUAGUAAAGCAGGAACCUGUUCAGGAAAUGAAUUCGGCAUCGGCGUCCGUGCCGAUACCUGGAGGACACAGGGGCACCACGCGAGGAACGUACGAUCAGUUCUCGCCGUCCCCUCUGGCGGUCUCCUCCGGAUGGGAUAUGAGGGCCGAACAAAUGGAUUAUCCUUUCAAAAUGGAUCCGGAUCAGAUGGACAUCUCGUUUAAGAUGGAUGAGGACGAUAUAUUCCAGGUGGACAAAGCUGAGCUUAUUCAAGGUCCGACUCUGGCUGAGUUGAACGCCAACGACGAUACCCUGCUGGGCGAUUUAAAUUUCGACGAUUUAUUGCUGCCCGAGGAAAGGGUACAGCCGAUAAAAAUGGAAUACACCGCUCCGUUGACUGGCUCUCUGUUUAGUAGUAGCAUAGGAUUUGCGCCUAGUAGUUUUCCCCAAUCCGGAGUAACUCACCGUAGUUGUCCCACAUAUACAAAUACAUGUGGCUUUAAUUUAAAUAGAGAUUCAAACAUUGGGGAUAAUGCGGAAGCCGUUAGUCCUACUGCAUUUCCUAGUCCAGGCACUAGUAACAUCGCAGGUAGUUCAACAGCAAGCUCAUCGACUUCGCCUCAUCCUGUAACUCGGCCCAUUGGAUCGUCUACUUUACACGAGCUACUUAUGAAAAGAGGUGAAAAUCCAUUUAAUAAUCCAGUUUCCAAUCAAAUGGAUAAUAUCUCAACGAUAGGCGGUAAAUCUAAAGUUUCGAGACUGUCUAUGUCUGCGCCAACGCAGACAAUGGGACAUUUGGAUCAAAUCUGGGCCCACAGAGAACCACGACAACAUCUCUUGAGUACCGGUAGCUUGGUAGAGGCGGGAUCGACGAGUAGUUUGAGCACUGGAGGUGCCCUUAGCCCAGAUCCACUCUGUGUUGAUCCUCUUAGCCAUGACGAAGGUUAUGAAGACAGUGAUGAUGACAGUGAUCACUAUGAUGACUACAGCAGCGACGAUGACACAGGUGGAAGCGACGGUGAGGAACAGAGUAACAUUAAAACAUUAGGAAGAGCAACGGAAAUAGGAAAGGAAAUCAGACACAGUAAGAAAGAAAGAUUCUUCUGGCAAUAUAACGUUCAAGCAAAGGGACCAAAAGGACAGCGAUUGAUCGCGCGAGCGCGCCUGGAAGAUCCGCAUGUCUUGAAUGAAGCAACUGAUCCAGUAUUUAGUCCUCAUUGUGCUCUUAGAGGAAUUAAACAUAGCGGAAAGGCACGGAAAGGCGACGGGAACGAUCUUACGCCUAAUCCUCGCAAGCUCCACAGCAUCGGACGAGAGCUGGACAAAUUAAAUCGUAUUAUAAAUGAUAUGACACCUGUUUCAGAAUUACCUUUUCCGGCGAGACCGAAGACGCGCAAAGAAAAAAAUAAACUAGCUUCACGAGCGUGCCGCUUAAAGAAGAAGGCUCAACAUGAAGCUAAUAAGAUAAAACUACAUGGACUUGAACAAGAACACAGACGUCUUAUACAUGGUAUAUCACAAAUUAAACAUAUGCUCGCUGCUAAAUUGGCUGAAACCAAUCCUGACACUCAGGAAGAGCUUACACGACAAAUGGAGAAAUGUUGCAAGUUAGCUACCAAAAUGCGAAUAGCAAAUCAUUCAACAGAAUUUGUGAACAAAGUGUUGGAUAAUAUCAGAGCCGGUAUUCCUGACGGUGGCAUCGAUAAUUUUUAAUAUAGCGAAUCGUUUUCCUAUAAAUCUUAUGUCUACGCGUGUAUAUAUCUUUAGGAAAAAAAUAUGCUAUGUCUAUACAUAUAUAGGGUAAUGUUGCUUUUUAUCUUUAAAGUUGCUGUCGAAUGCUUCAUAAAGCAGACUUGCAGUUAACUUAUUGGUUAACGUAUAAUUAACAUAUAUCUUACAUAUGUUACUUCAGAAAAUGUUUAUUGAUGUAGAUGAGAAACGAAACCUUGACAUAUGAUAUUGGUUUAGCUUCCAGACCUUCAAAUCGUUAAUUUUUUUUCUGCAAAAGUAUCUGCAUUUUUGCCUGUUGUAUAUAUUGGUCAAUCUGUAUAUAACAUUUUUCAUGCAUCACGUAUGAUAGUUUCAGUACUGUAUUUAUAUGCAAACAAAGGAUGUUUUUUUUUUACAAAUUAGCUGCAAAUGUAUCAUUUGUUUAAAAAAAAGAACGGUUAUAUAUCCUGAUGAAAGUGCAAAGAAAAAAGUGCCGAAUGUCACUUAAUAAUUAUAACAUAUUAAAGAGAAGAGAGCGAUGAUAUCAUCAAUGUCCAUUAUCAAUCAACGUUGCACACGUUGUGAUUCUAAAUUUAAUCUUUAAAUUGCAAUGAAUAUGCACCAAACGGCAGAACUUUUGGCCACAGAUCGAUAAAAAAAAUAUAUAUAUAUAUAUACACAUGUUAAAUUUAAUUAUAUACUGAUUGUAUGCAAAAUGUAUCUGGGUAAUUCCUUUUUUCCGAAUAGAGGUACUAAUUAAUUCCAUUCUUACGUAAUUACUAAUGAUGAUCAAGGUUUCGGAAUUAUUGAUGGCGGCUGAUGCAACAAUAGUAAGAAUUGACAUUGAUGAUUUUUUUUUCUUUUUUAAUGUCCAGACGACGCGAUGUAGUUUUAAUCGUAAAAAGAUCUAGAGUGUGCAUUUAGAUGCACUUAGAAGCGAGCUUUUGAAUUAUAUAGUUGUUUGCUGUUUGCUGACUCGAUCUACCUCAGAACGAAACGCUAUACCUACGUACAUAUAUAUAUUUGGAUUAUAUAAAACAUAAAGUAUAAUGAAUAUAAUGAUGUAUGUGGAAAGAUUGUAAUCGUGGCGCGAGGUGGAAUAUCAUUGCUUUAGAGUUUUUAGAAGAGAGGACGGAUGUAGCGUGUAGCGCCUACACUCUCUUCUGUUCGACGAUCGUUUAGAGCCAUUGUGUACGCCGCGAUUAGAAUUAUAAUUAUAUUUUGCUAAUCACUAAUAUACACAUACAUAUAUUUUAAAUAUGCAAGAUGUUAAUCCAUAUUCGUACUAAUAUUUUUUUAAUCGAUUUUUGUAUGUAAAGUUGCGCUAUAAAGAUCAUAGUAAUUAUAUUGAAAGGAAAUAAAAAAAAACGUGUGGAUAUAUAGUCAUACGAUUAUAUACAUAUAUAAAUACAGAUGUUGUAUAAUCUUUAUCGAAUCGUUAUGCAGUCUAAUUUAUUGUUAUGCGGGGGGUACCACCGUAGGUUUCAUUCGCUGUGUAUUUUACGUCGGCAAAAAAGUUAAAUAUGUGUAAUAUCAGUGUAAGCACGAGAGAGGGGGGGAGAGAGAGAGAGAGAGAGAGACGCGUCACUUCGAUAUCACCGUAAUCGCACAAGCGUACGGAAAAUGUUGCGUGUAAUAAGAAUCCUUCUUUCAUGGUGUGCAAUACGCGCAUUCGUGUGUGCGAAAAAAAGCGUCACUUUAUUGUUUUCGAUGAUGACCCCGAUACUUUUACGAUGAUAUGCUUGCGUUCGUUCACUCGCUCGCUCGCUCGCGCAUUCGUUGCCUGCGUCUUCGUCGAGGACAAAUGCGCACAAACCCUUCGUCAUCGUGCGCGGGUCAGUGUAAAAAUGUAAUGAAAUUGCAGUUAGCGUGCGAGUGCAUUCCUGGCGUUAAUCGUGCUAAUCGAGUACGGCAAACGACCCGAAGAAUAAACCGAUCAGAAUGUGUAAUGAUUGAAUUAUCAUUUUUAUUCUAAUAAAAAAACACAUGCGAACGGCAA